CGCAAAAGAAGAGUACCUGCAAUGAACAGUCCAGAAUCAGUUAACCUGGUUUCUCAGCGAAUUUCAUUUGUUAAUAAGAUCAGCACUCUGCUGAAGGCUACAUCUGACGAUGACAAGCCGAUACCAGGAUAUCUGUAUAAGGAGAUCAGUGGGAUCAGCCAUGAGUCUAUGGGCUACUGUGAGAGUCUGCUGGAGUACCUGGUCGACCGGCUGGAGAAGAAUUCCUACCAUGUGAAACUGAAGGUGCUGAAGGUGAUGAGGUACACAGUAGACAAUGGCCACCCCAACUUUAAGGCAGGUCUGAUGAGAUCAGCUCGGGGCGUGAGAGCUGCCACAAAAUAUGGUGGACCACCCGAUCCACUGCAUGGCAAUAUACCUUACAUCAUGGUCAGGAAAGUAGCUCAGGAACUUUGUGAAGUUUUGUUUGAGGUGGAGGAAUCAACCAACCCAAGAACAGGGGAGACAACUCCAGCAAGACCACCUCCCAAGGCUAUGAUGGGACUAGGACCUUCAUCCAAUUCAGGCAAAAUGGAAGGGUUUGGGAACUCCCCAAGGAAUGAACAAAAAUCCCUGGGUGACACAAUCAUCAAUGGCAUCAGCAAGAUAGCUGAGAAGAUGGCGGAGACAGAUUCAGAUCGACAGAGGGCAGUACUUGCCAGUCUGGAUGGAGGCAGUGGGCAGUACCAGCCUCCAGUCAUCAUCAGCCUGGAGCCAAUCACAACAGACGACACAGUACCUCAACCAAUCAUAUCACCUGUAAGGAAAACACCCCCCAAGCAUGUCCCAGGGAAAGCAGGAGGGGGUUGGGAUGAUGACCCACCCACACCAUCACGGGGCUCUGACAAGAAACACUCUAACAGUGGAGGCAGCUCCGAUCUAGCUGACAGACUCGAGUCUGUGACGCUAGCCGAUUGGAGCACAGAGGAAAACCUUGUGACAUCCAUCGUGGAUGAUCCAAGUCGUCUGCUCCUCUCCCAGUCCCAGUUGGCAGCAUUCCAAAGACGAUGUUCUGGGCUAAAUUCUGAGAAGGUGCUGGAUUUCAUCAUCCAGAGACUAACAUCUGACCAGGAACCUGUUGUAAUGAAAAGUAUGCUUCUUCUUGAGACCUACUUGAGGUCAGACCUAGUCAACCUUGAAUACUUGGUCUCCACCAGUGAACAAAGUCUACUGGCAGUCCAUGGACACUGGACUGGCCCCCCUCGCUCCAAGGCCAGGAAGAUAAUCCGUAUCCUUGAGAAACUGACCUCUCACACCAGCAUCCUGCCCUUGAGCAAUGGGCAAAUCAUCAACACAGACACAGAUAAACUUGAAAUCUCGCCAUGUCCGCCAGACCCUACGGCAUUAGAGGGAGGCAACUCUGAUGACCUUGGGCUACUGUCAACUCCGCUGGUUUCUAAUGACCUUGAAGUAACACAAGAUGCCCUGGAUAAUACUGAUAGCAUAUCAUGACAUAGGUCUCUAUUUUUCCUGGAAUCAAAAUGAAAUAAUUACAUUGAUGAGACAGCUACUUUUGACACAAGAAUAGGGACUUUAUAUCUGAUAUAUCCUAGUUGUAUGGUGGUGUUAAAGUGGUUGUUGGCACUGCAAUUCAUGGAAUGUCUCCUAGUCAAGCCAGGACCUCCAUUCAUGUGUUUCAACAUUUGUCAGAUCAUGAUCCAUGGUCUGUCAGGAUGCUACUGUAUUUGUGGGUUAAAUCGAUGUGGUAUAUUUCCAAGGACCUGUGUCACAUUUGUCCUGAUUGUGAUCAUCGGUCUGUCAACUCUACACCUGUGCUUAUGGGUUCACCAAACAGGUAGACAUCCAAGACCUGCAUCACUUUUCCCCAACAUUAAGUUAUCAUCCCAUGACAUAACAACUGACAUACUGUUUAUAGUGGAUGUGAUGCCCACUCUGUAUCUUGCUUGACUUUUACCAGGGAUACAUAGGGAUCAGUAGCUAAAACAUUUGCUUUAAAUGCUGGAAUAUUGCUAUAAGUGGCGUAAAACAAUACUCACUCACUCCCAGGGACACAUGCCCUAAUAACUUGAACAAGGACAGGCAACUUCCUUAUGUAAUCAUGACAGUCUUGACUUUAUGUCCGAUGUGAAGAGCCAUGUAGAUAGGUUGACCUGGGCAUGUUCUGAAUGUGCUUACUUCAUGUUGUAUUAUUCAUUGUGAACAAGUCCACUCUACUCAACUUGACUGACAGGAAAGUUGCUGCUAAACUGUUAUAUACAAACCAGAAUUGAAUUCAUCCAUGACAUCUCAAAUCAAAAGGCAUUGAAAAAUAGUGCAUGUUGUUUCCCUGUCUGCAGGGGUGAAACAAGUACUGGCUAGCAUGGCUGGUUUUGGUUUGUUGAUUAACACUGCACUCAGCAAUAUUACAACUCUAUCGCAGCAACCUGUAAAUAAACGAGUCUGGACCAGACAAUCCGGUGAUCAACAGCAGGAGCAUUGAUCUACGCAAUUGGGAUAUGAUGACAUGUGUCAACCAAGUCAGUGAUUCUGAACACCCGAUCCUGUUAGUCGCCUCUUACGACAAGCAUGGGUUACUGAAGAUCAGUCUGGCCAGCAUGGGGUCAGUAUAUUAGGCCUGAGUGGGGUAUCCUUGUUAAAAUAUGAUGUAGCUCAGUUGACUAGAACCAUAAACCAGUAUAAGUCCAGCCUACUGCCAGAAGCCAAACACACAUGCAAGGACAGACAUUGCUUUAUGAGUGUAAUAAUCUCCAACUCACUUUCAAACAUAAUUCACUUCACCUCAAGUAAGAAACAUCACAAUUUAUCAUUCUUGGAGGUUGGAAUCUUCGUAAAAGAAGUAGUUUUUCCAACUAGAACAAAUUUUGGCGUGUUAGUGAAGAGAUGGUUGUUACAUUUUUCUGGAAAAUAUUUGUAUUUGAAUUUGUGUUAGCCUUUGCUGGACGACUUUUAAUGUUCAUGAAUAAUAAUGAGAUAGCUGAUCACAUGGUGGUAAUUCCCUAAAACCUUUGUGAUAGCUUCAGUAUACUAAGUCAGUGUAAGGUACAUUCAAACACUGCUGCUCUGUUGUAGGACACCAUUUGAUCAUGUUGAGAACAUUUUAUGCUCAUUAAUAUUUUGUAGACACUCUAAUGUGUGCUGCAUGUGUAUUUAAUGUAAAACAUCAUAUCUAAGUGUUUAAAUGAGAUAGAGAACUUGUGUAUUUGUGGGUACAGGUCCUGCUGUUCACAAAAACAAGCUUGGCUUCCUUGUCAAUGUUACGCUACAUUCCUACAUCACCUGUCAGUACUAAUAGAUUCCUUGCAUUAAAAUAAUAGUCAGUCUUAGGGAAUAAGUGAUGUUAAAGUAAAGUGAGCGGUGUCUUAUGCAUUGACUUUGAAGCAUUGUGUACAGUAAUGGCCACAAGGUUGUGUCACAUGCUGCACGAGAAACAUUGUCAAUCUAAUCGGUGGACUUUUGAUCUGUAGAGGCGAAAACAUACUGAAAACAAGAGUGACUCGACUAUUGGUGCAGUUAAAAUGGAAGCUGUGUGAACCCUUGCACUCAGACUUUAGUUUUGUUCCGAGUAAUCGGGGCCAGAUCUGCCAGUGGUCCUAGCACUCACAGAGUGUAUCCAUGUAUUCAGAGAUGAUGUAGUACUGAUGAUGGCAAAGUUUUGCUUCACAUUGUAUUGUGUUCAUGUACAUCCCAGCACUACUCUAAUUGAUCCUCUGCCUGCUGGCUGGUGUCACCCAUCAUACUGACUCUCAUCAUUAGGUGGAUAUAUAUCGUGAGUGACUGAGGAGUCAGAACUGUUGUUUUGUUAGAGUUUGUUCAUGGUUUGGCCUGACAAAGCUGUUUUCUUUUCUCUUGUUUAAAUAUGUUCGAUUGCAUGGCAUCAGGAAUCUUUGUGUUGUGGAAGAAGAACAUAGUUGUCUCCAGUAGUGAAAUCUGUAGCGGCCAUUUUGCAGCAAUUCAUAAAAGUUCAGUAGAAUGGGGCAUGAACUGCACUUGACAAAACUAUUAAUAACCUUCCCCACAUUCUCUGUAGAGACACAAUACACAAUGUACAUAAUGUAGUUUGUACAUUCAUAUCCAUAUUGGAUAGCCCUUACUUCAGAAUCUUGAAAAUAGAGAGCCCGUCACAGGGGUUUAUCAUGACGCAAACAGGGAUCAUAACAUGAAACUCUUUAGCAAGAGUGUUGGUGGGAUAGCAUAGUGGUUAAAGUGUCCGAUCUUCACACUGAAGACCCGGGUUCGAUUCCCCACAUGGGUACAAUGUGUGAACCCAAUUCUGGUGUCCCCCCGCCAAGAUAUUGCAGGAAUAUUGCUAAAAGCGGCGUAAAACUAAACCCACUCACUCACUUUGGCAGGAGGAUGUUUUACCAUCAUGUCCUACAUAUCUGGAUGUAAAUGUUGUGUUAUAGAGAAGCUUCUGUGUUUCUACUUUUAAAGUAUUAUAUUGUCAACAUUUAUAAUAAAGUGUAUCUGUGAUAUUGCAA